AUGAAGAAAGAGCAAAUACGUGAUAAUGGAAACUACCUCACCGAAAGAAUCCUAAGAGCCAAGUUAUCGAAGGAUUUUGACAAGCCGAUCGACAUGAAGUAUGAUGGGACGAAGGACCCACAAGAACACCUAAUGGCCUUUGAGGCCAGGAUGAAACUAGAACGAGCUGUCGACGCAGUUCGCUGCAGGGCCUUUUUGGUGACCCUAGCCGGCCUAGCAAUCAAGUGGUUUAACGCCCUCUCAAAUAGCUUGAUAACCAAAUUCGACAACAUCUCCAGAAAAUUCAUGGCUCAAUUCACCACCAGGACCACAAAAGCGAAACACCUGAUUAGCCUACUCAGCGUCACGCAACGACCAGAUGAACCCACGAGGAAGUACCUUGACAGGUUCAACGAUAAAUGCCUAACCAACGGGCUCAUGAAUGAAGAUUUCCGGAAGCACUUCACAACCAAGCCGGUCUGGAUGACGAUGCAUGAAAUCCAGAACAUCGCGAAGGAAUACAUAAACAACGAGGAGGUAAGCCAAGUCGUAGCGGCCAAUAAACGGAACCACGACAAAAUGACACCCCGAAGUAAUCCACCGACCAAAGAAACCCCAAAGGAACACUUCAAACUUGCUGCCCUCAAUCGACUACCCAGAGUGGAAAAGUUCACAAACUACACCCUUCUACUGGCCCUAAUCACAGAAAUCUACCACCAAAUAACAGAACAAGGCAUCCUCCCAAAGGCCAGACAAUUGAAAGAACGCACAGGCGAUAACAAAAGCCUAUACUAUGAUUAUCACAGAGGAUACGGACACAAGACUCAAGACUGCUUCGACCGUAAAGACGCUCUCAAAUAA